GAAAUCAUUCUCGCUUCUCCUUGAAAGAUCUCAGCGGUCUGGCUCUCAGAGCUCGAAAGCCACGUACGGGGGAAAGUAGAUGAUGUUGUGGCGGUGUUGAGAUCAAUCCCUCUUACCACGAGACUUUCGUAUGGCGAAGGCCAAAGCCAGAACUGUCAUUGUGAGGUUGAUAUCCACCGCCCAGACGGGGUUUUUCUACACUCGUACGCGUGUUCGCACUGGCCCUAAACUUUCCGCUGUGAAGUACGACCCGACUGGACGCCUUUAUCAAGUCGAAUAUGCGUUCAAGGCUAUCACUGGCUCAGGACACACGGCCAUCGCUGUUCGUGGAAAGGAUACGUCCGUGGUUAUCACACAGCGCAAAGUCCCAAUUAAGGAUAAAUUGUUGGACGCGUCGACUGUGACCCACCUGUUCAGCAUCACCCCCACGAUCGGUUGUGUAAUGACGGGUCUGAUUGCGGAUGCGCGCGCUCAAGUCACUCGUGCGCGAUCGGAAGCGGCCGAGUUCAGGUACAAGUACGGUUACGAGAUAACACCAGAUACGCUGGCGCGUAGGUUGGCGAACAUCAACCAGGUGUACACGCAACGAGCGGCGAUGCGGCCCUUGGGGAUCUCGAUGAUUCUCAUUGGCAUUGACCCUGAGUUCGGACCCCAGUGCUUCAAGCUCGAUCCAGCUGGCUUCUUUGUAGGAUUCCAUGCCACAGCGGGCGGACAAAAGCAACAAGAGGCCAUGAACCAUCUCGAGAAGAAGUGGAAAAAGCUCGAUUCCGGGAGGGGUGCUGAUGAACCAAUGCAAGCAGGAAAGAAUCUGAGCAGAAGUGCGAAGAUGGCUAUUGAAGCUAUGUCCACCGUUCAUGCGACCGACUACAAGCCCGCAGAGAUUGAAAUUGGGAUCAUCUCGAAUGCUGAUGAAGAGAAUCCGAAGACGCGUGGUAUUUGGCGGGUGAUGGGCGAGGCAGAGAUCGAACAGCACUUGUUAGCGUACGCAGAGAAGGACUAAUUUCGAAUGGUGACUCGGUCAAUGCGACUCUUUGUUCU